AGGCUUUAAUCCAUCGUCUCUUUAUAUAUGUCGACUGCUCGUCUCUUUCACGCGGAUAUCUCAACGUAUUUCCUCCUCGCCGGCAUAGUUUCUGUCACCGGCGAUCUUCCUUUUUUCCGACUGCAAAAUCUCACAGAAACCAAAACAUACAAACCCAGUUGAGGUUUUUGUGCUUUUCUUCUGAAAAGUUUCAGGCUUGUCCAUUCAUUUGCUUUUUGGAAGCAUGAAAGCUACGGCUUGGAGCUCUUUUUAAACCACUUUUGUCGGAUUUCCCCCCUCUUUUUGCUCUGUUUUAGUCUCUGUUUUUUCUUACAACAAAAUCUCCGAACCCUUUUUCAGUUCCCCAUCUUUGAUCACCGAAACUUCUUCUCGGAAACUGAACCCAAGUUCUUUUUUCUUUUUCUCGCGAAAAUUUUGAUUUUGUGCUCUGUUUUUUUGUUUCUGGGUAACCAAACAAUGCAAGACCCAUCAACUUUUCCGAUGAUUAAACCUCAAUUUCCCGAACAAGAGCAGCUUAAAUGCCCUCGAUGUGAUUCUACAAACACCAAAUUUUGUUAUUACAAUAACUAUAAUCUUUCUCAGCCUCGUCACUUUUGUAAGAAUUGCCGUCGGUACUGGACCAAAGGCGGCGCUCUGCGGAACAUCCCUGUCGGCGGAGGAAGCCGUAAAAACGCCAAGCGACCGGCGGUGUCGACCACCGUCAAGCGUCCGCCUUCGUCCUCAUCUUCGUCUUCUUCGGGAUCGAUGCGGAACCCGAUUACGGGUCCGGAUCAUAACCCCAUCCGUGGCUAUGGCGGCGGGUUGGAAAUUCCGGGGAGCUUCAGCUCGCUGCUGGCGUCAAAUGGGCAAUAUGGGAAUCUCUUGGAGGGUAUGGAUCCGAAUCAACCGGAGAUGAAAAUGAUGGAAUUGGGGGGAUUUUCAGAGAAUUUGAUUUCUGGGUCUGGCCGGAAAUCUGCAGCGGAGGAACAGAGCGGCUGCGUGCCGGAGAAUUAUUUGGGUAUGUUGCAGAACGGCGAUUCUAGUUGUUGGACCGGCGGUGGCAGCAAUGGAUGGCCUGAUCUUGCCAUUUUCACACCAGGGUCAAGUUACCAGUAAACAGAGACGAAAAAUCCGCCAUUUUGUAUGGAAUUAAAGCUUCUGUUUGUUUGAUUAUGGAACAUUAGAAUCAAGGUGGAACAGACACAUUACAAGACCACCUCAACCAUUGAACAAAUUCUACACAGGUAAAAUCAAAGUCUUGUUCUUGUGUGUUUUUUUGUCUUUUAUUAUUAUUUUUUCAAUUUAAAUUUGAUGUGGUCUGAUGUUUUAUGAAUGAAGAGAUGGAGAAGAAGAUAAUUUCCACAACAAUCA